AUGGCCAUAGCAGCAACCACCUCACUUUCUCUCUCCUCCCCCACUCGCCGUUCUCUCUCCUCCUCCAUCACCAUCUUUCGCCAAACCUCUUUUUUCCUUUCUCUCCAUCCAAACAGUCUCAGAUCUACCACUGCUACUGCUCUACGAUACCCUUGCCUUCGUAUUUCAGCUUCUUCAAUGAGCAUCGAAGCCCCCGAGAAAGACUCGCGUACCUCUUUUCUCGAUCGCAAACAAACAGGAAUCCUUCACUUCGUCAAGUACCACGGCCUCGGCAACGACUUCAUUCUGGUUGAUAAUCGCGAUUCAAUGGAGCCUAGAGUUACUCCGGAGCAAGCGGUGAAGCUAUGUGAUCGAAACUUUGGAAUUGGUGCUGAUGGCGUGAUCUUUGCUAUGCCAGGGACCAAUGGCACUGAUUAUACAAUGAGGAUUUUCAAUUCUGAUGGUAGUGAACCCGAGAUGUGUGGUAAUGGAGUCCGAUGCUUUGCUAGAUUCAUUGCUGAGCUCGAUAACUUACAUGGGAGGCACAGUUUCACUAUACAUACGGGUGCUGGUCUAAUUGUUCCUGAAAUUCAAGAUGAUGGGAAGGUUAGAGUUGAUAUGGGUGAACCCAUAUUGAAAGCAUCCAAUGUCCCUACUAAGCUACCUGCAAAUGAAGGACAAUCCGUUGUAAAAUCAGAACUUAAUGUAGAUGGAGUAACCUGGAAUGUGACAUGUGUCAGCAUGGGAAACCCUCAUUGUGUCACAUUUGGUACAAAAGGAAGCCAGAAUCUGCAGGUUGAUGAAUUAAAUUUAGCUCAAAUUGGUCCAAAAUUUGAGCAUCACGAGAUGUUUCCUGCCCGAACUAACACAGAAUUUGUUCAAGUCUUCUCUCGUUCACAUCUAAAGAUGCGUGUGUGGGAGCGUGGGGCAGGAGCAACACUUGCCUGUGGAACUGGAGCUUGUGCCGUGGUGGUUGCAGCAGUUCUUGAAGGUCAUGCUGGGAGGAGUUGUACUGUUGAUUUGCCUGGAGGGCCACUAGAGAUUGAGUGGAGUGAGAAAGACAACCGUGUGUAUAUGACUGGCCCAGCUGAGGUAGUGUUCUAUGGAUCAGUGCCCCUAUGAUGUUAUCUUCAAUUUCUUCACAUUCUGUGAAGAUUGUUUGUAAUAAACUCACCUGUACUUUGUAGAAAUGAAAGAUUUUAAGGUUUGAGUAUGUUUGUCUGGCUUUAGGAGAGUUGAAUGUCUGUAGCCAUUUUUUUAAAGCUUUUUUUGGUAUAUCACAAGGGGAUGGAUUUUGCCCACUAUUUCUCUUUAAAUUGUAAAGUCAUAUUGGAGGGUUUGCCAUCUUUUCUUCUAAU